AUGAGGUCCAAAACUGGAUACAUUUUGACAUCAUUACUGAUUUUUAUAGCAUUAAUAAUAACUGGGAUCGUAGUUUUGAGGAAGUGUGCCAAUAUUGCAAAAGAUAUCAUAGAAAAGAACAUAUUGGCUUUCAAACCUGAGAUAGUUAUGACAUCAGAUUUCUCAGCAGUUAGCAUGAGCAAGGUGAAUUCAAGGAUAAGCAAAGUACCAUUAAUCAUGUUUUCUCCAUCAAUAAUAAACUUUAAAAGGUUUACGUUAAGUAGAAUGGAAUUAGAGCCCGAAAGGUUUCAGAGCCUGAUGAUUGUUCAAAGCCUCAAUGAUAAGAUUGUACCAACAAGGGAUAUAAUGGAGCUAAUCAGUGGAUUUAAUGAGGAACAGGUAAGAACUCACUUUGUACAGGGAGUUGGGAGUUUACUUCCAACCUAUGCAAGUCUUUCAUCUGAACAGUUGAAAGAGUAUAUGGUUGAGAUUCUGCAAAUGGCAUCUGAUAAUAGCAGUAUAAAUGGCGACUCCCAAAACAUUAAUAAUACUGAGAUGCAGAGGUUUGGUAAUAAUAGCAAUACAAUGGAGAUGGGAGUUGACAAAUUGGUUAGUAAUAGAUUACAGACAAUGCAUACAUUUACAAAAAACAACUAUGGAAUUAAUUUACCCUCGUUAAGAAAACCAAUUUCGCUGAUUAGUAGAAGCCCAAGAAACAGCUACUCCAGGUACAAAAGCCUUAGUAGUGAGUUAAAUGAUUCAGGAUACAAUGAGGAUACUGAACUUGAUGAGAAUGAGCAGUCACCUUUGAUUGUUUCCAAAGAAAAACAAAAUACAAAGUCGAUAUAUAAUCCAAAACCUAGUGAUACAAACGAGCUAUUUAAUCAGUUAAAGUACAUAAAGGAGGAUAACAGCAGUGAUUAUAAUAGUGACAGAACAUGA